CCCUCCGACCGCCCACGCACUCGAAAGCGGGGGGAGAAAGUGCUUUGUCAAUGAGGACACAACGCUGGGAGCGGCAGCGAUUGAAACAAAGUUUCUGAAUAUCUCUCUCGGAAUACAGAAACGGAUUUAUUCUCUGUUGGAUUGUAACAUUGUUCCGAUAAUCCCGUCGUCGCGGACGGGACACUGAAAUACAAGACUGUCCGCCUUACAUGCAUUUUAGCACUGACAUUUUUGGUUAAGUAGAAAGCCAUGGUGGGAAGACUGGCCCUUCACGUGGUCGCAGCAUACGCUGUCUGUCUGUCUGUGUGUCUGGUUGCGUCAGUCAAGGGAGAUCACUGCCUCAUCAUCAGUGAGGUUAACGCAGACAACCCCAAACUGGACACCACUGAGUUCGUCGAGCUCUAUCACACCGGCGGUCAGAGAGCCUCACUGGACGGCUACACCCUGGUGUUCUACAAUGGAAAUGGCAAUAUAGCCUACAAAGUACUGGACCUGAAGGGCCACGUCACAGACGACCGGGGCUUCUUCCUGGUUGGCUCGGUGGACAUGCAGCCCAAACCGGCCAUCCCCCUCCCACCCAACACUGUCCAGAACGGCCCGGACGCCAUUGCUCUCUACCACACGUCCGCCGCACGCUACGGGGAGAAGAUGAACGCCACUGCCGUGGGGCUGGUGGAUGCCAUCGUGUACGUGACACGGCGGUCUGGGGGCGCGGAGGUGCUGGCCGAGACGUUGACCCCUGGGGAGCCGGCCUUCGUAGAAGAUGAGUGGGCCCACGAGGGAGACGAGUCCAUCGAGAGGUGCCUGGUCUCUGGGGAAAGCUGGGGCUUCCAGGUGGCCCUGCCUUCACCUGGCCAACGCAACCGCUGCACACCCCCUGAUUCCAGCGCUGCCACCCCGCGUAUCAGCGAGCUGAAGCUGGGAGGGGGGCAGGUGGACGGGUUUGUGGAGCUAACUGAGUCCCAGGCUGCAGGGCCUCUGGUGCUGGUGGUGAUGGACGGGCGGACGGAAACGAUCAGUGAGAGUGUGGAUGUGUCCACCUCAAGGGAAGGCCUGAUCUCCAUCACCAUUGACAAGAACAACAUGAAAGGAGAUGAGUCGGGUGCGGUGGCGCUGUACAGUGGCAAGGCCUCCGACUUCCCUGUGGGCAGCCCCCUGAGCCAGACGCAACCCUUAGACGCCUUCUUGUAUGUUGGACCAGGGGACCAACCCAGUGCCAACCUCACAGAGACCCUCAUACCAGGCAGACGGCCCUACCAGCUCAGCGCCAGUUUUGGGGAGGGAGGCGUCUACCUCAGUCGCUGUGGUGUGGCCAGUUGGACCAGAGACCCCGGUGUAUUCUGGGAAGCGCCACAAACCCCUGGACAGCCCAACCAGUGCCCCUGGCCAAAGAUUUGCCCUCAUGUCACUGUGGUCCCUGGGAGUACGAAGGUGCCCCCUCACCUCCCUCCCUGGGGCCGGGGGGACUUCCUGAUCAGCGAGGUAAAUGCAGACAACCCAGGUUCGGCCGAGGACGGCGAGUUCAUCGAGCUGUGGCACCCGUCGGGCCGCCGCAUCUCCCUGCAGGCAGUGUGGCUCCUCCUGUUCAGUGGACACAACAGCAAGCCCUACCGUGAGAUCAGCCUCACAGGACACUUCACCACCGCCCAAGGCUACUUCCUGGUGGGCAGUGAUAGGCUGGUCCCGGCCCCCUCGGUUCGCCUGCCCCCCAACACCAUCCAGAAUGGGCCGGACGCAGUGGCCCUGUACCGCAGCGCCUUCGGCCCGCCCUCGGCCUCCCAGAGAGGGAUCCCGACCCAGGGGUUGCUGGACGCGGUGGUGUACCGGCUGAGGGGCUCAGACAAGGACGCCCAGGAGCUGAGCGAUGUGUUGACCCCAGGACAGCUCCCCCUGCUGGAGGACCCGGAGGUGCAGCCCGGAGACGAGGCCUUGAGCCGCUGUAACGGCCUGCUGCCUGCCGACCUGUCUGCUUUUGUGGUGGCCCCACCCACACCUCUGAGGGAGAACUCUUGUCCCCGCCCACCCCCUCCCCCUGAAGGUGUGGUCAUCAGCGAGGUGGGAGGUGCCCGCUGGACCAACCACAGCCAGCAGAGGGGGUUUGUGGAGCUGCUAGGACCGCCCCUGACUUCUCUACAGGGCCUGGUCCUGACCGUGUUUGAAGAGUAUCGCGCCGGUACGACCAUGGCCCUCCCUCUGACCGGAGUCACAGACCAUAAUGGCUUCUACCUCAUCGGGAACAUCACAGGAGCAGACCAGGUGUUUCCGAAGGGGGCCACAAUUCCGGCCAAUGGGGCCGUAGUCCUGUGUUCUGACACAGUCACUGUGUGUAGAGCUGGUACCACCCUAACCAACAGCACUCUUCGUGACACGCUAGUGUUCAGUGAUGACCUGAGAUUGCUCAUUAAACUCUCCGCCACCAGAGGGCAGCAGGUGAUGCCUGUACUCAGGUCAGUGGAGGAUAGUCCCGUGUCUCUCAGCCGUUGCUCCUGCUGCGAGGCAAGAAGCCCCUCCUCCUGGACCAGCUCCUCCCCCACCCCGCGCCUGACCAACAUCUGCCCCAGCCCCGCUUUCUCCAGCGACCUCGACCUAUGCCUGGCUCCCCUCUCCGGUGAUUGGCAGGAGCACCCAGGAAACUGCAGUGGACUGGUGCAGGGUCACAGUGAGAUGGAUGUCGCUGGCUAUCUGGAGGAAAGAUGUCACUGUGGUAUCUCUGCCCUCUACCUGCAGGUGGCCAACUUCUCCUGUGUGGCCGGGUGGCUCCAUGUGCUGGGGAACAUCCAGGCCCUGUCGGACCACCAGAGGGCCCUCAUCCUCCAGACCUCCCCCACCCAGGGGGACACCUGUACCGACCCGGCUACCGACCGACGCAUGAGCACAGAGUCUGCCCUGGGCCUGCAGAUUGGCCUGGUGCUAGGAGCUCUACUGCUACUGGGGCUGGGAGCAGCCCUCUUUACCUACUUCUACAAAAAGAGGCAACCACUGGACUAUUACUCCAUGGAGUUGAAUGAACCUGAAGAGGGACCUUCAGAACUUUAAGUGUGUGUGUAUGUGUGCAUGUGAGGGAGCAUUUUUAGCUCUGAGUGAAGUCCUGCCUGUUUUUUUUUAAAACAUUGUAUUCUUCUGUCUGUGUUUUUUAAUAGGGAUCUCCCACUAGAUAAGGGACCAGCGCCAUUUUUGUUAAUGUGUACGAAUUACCAUCCUUUUACAUUCCUUCCAUCAUAAUUCCCAGUCAAUGUUGCACUAGUUUUACUGCUAUGUAAUAGUCAUGGUAAUACUGUCCUGUGUCUGCAUUUUACUUCAAAUGUAAAAUGUUCUCUCUUAAACGUAUCUGAAAGUGUAUAAAGUAACAAGGCUACGAAUCUCAAAAGCAAUCAUGAGUUACUGGUACUGAAAGUUCUGUUGAUUUGUUGCGUUAAAAUGUGAACGCUUGUGAUUAACCGGUGAUGAGUGUUGGUCAGAAUAUGUGUUUACGUUCUAUUAGUUAAGGAAAAGGAAUGUGAAAGACCAAAUGCAUAUGGAGCCUCUCUCCUGUACUUGGAGCUAUGGAGUCCUUUAUAAGCACAAAGCUAUUUUAUGGUACUCCCCCCACACACACAAAACUGAUACAAAUUAUGAUUUGAUAAGAAUAGUAUUUUCAUAAUUGAGAUGAUCGAUCAGUAUCAAUUUGAAACCGUUUAAAAACGGUUUGUGUGCUAGCUGGCUUGCGAACCACUGUUGUGCCUUUCUACUUUCAUGAGGUCAAAUUAGGCCUGAUCUGAUUUAGUAUUUUGUAGAGGAGCUAUAGCAAUGUCUGUGGAAGCCUUGCGUGUAAAUAUGUUUUAAAUGUUCUCUUGGGGAACCUGUAUGCAGAAGCAACCAUGAAAACAAUCAAUCACAUUAAACAUUGUAUUUACUGUUGAAGACACCAAUGGAAGUUAUUAUAGGUUUGCAGAAAUGUUAGUGUUAAAAUUCAGAGCAAAAACCAGGCUGUCCUUUUUGUACACGGUUCUCUUUUCCAUCUGAUGGAAGUGCAUUGACUUUGAUCAGCUCCUUGAAAUAGAAUAAGACAAAGUGGUCUUUGAUGAUUUCAAUGACUGACCUACACAAAACAAUCAAAGUUUAGUGGUCAAAACCAGGGGUUGGAACCGGUUCAGGGAACAGAAGAAAAAAAACAGAAAAAGAAAGACAUGUUAAGAGAAACCGAAUCAGGAACGAAAGUGAUCUCUAGUGUUCCGGAACAGAACCGUUAUUUUCAAAUCUUGAGAAACGGUUAAGGUAAUUUUUUUUGUUCCAAAAAUAUUCCUCAUGUCUUGUAUAUAAUUCUGUAAAGUUAUAACGCUAGUAGUAGCCUAAACACAUUCCAGUUCACAUCAUGUCAUGAUGUUCACCGCUUCAAGCCAAACCUCCAUGUCUACCCCUCGCUCUCUCCCCACCUGUGAAAUUUCAGUCACAUCUUGCGCCUGCACUUAAAUGACCAAUUAAACAUGUAAACAACUAGCUUACGGGUUCCAUAGCAAGCUUCUCUAUCGGUGCUAAUUGAUGAAGUACAUUUAAUGAGCUAUUUUGUAAAAACGAUGUUGAUUUCACAGGUUUUAAAAAACCCCGAAAAGGAACUAAAUGAACCGUUACUUUUUUGGGGGUUCAAACCGGUUCAGAACUUUAUUUUCUGGUCGGAACACUGGAAAGGAACUAAAGAAAUUGGGGUGCUGUUUCGGAACGAUUGGAAAAUAAUUUUGGUUCCAACCCCUGUUCAAAACACAGCCUUGUUUUUGCUCUAGAUUUGCUCUUUAUAAAGUAAUAGAACCAUUUGUGGCUUUGCUGUAAAAUAUAUUGUUAAACUGCUUUGAAAUAUCUAAUUGUUUAGUUUUCAUGGUCCAAAUCAAUCUAGAUAAAUACUAAGGUUAGAAAUGUUAAUACUUUGUCCUUUUUGUCAUUUUUUUAUUGCUUGCUAUUCUUAAACCACUUAAUCGUCUCAGUGCUCAGAAAACAUAUAAAUGUACAUUUCAAUUGAAUGCACUUUGGUAGAUAUAUUUUUUCAUGCCAUGUAGUUAAAAUUGUAUUCGAAUAAAUGUAUAUUUGUUCAGAA